UAAUUGCCCUUCUUUUCGGCCCAACUGAUCAUUUUAGGUACGGCCCAUCUGGAAAAUGACCCAGGGGCCGAGGCUAGAGUUCAUGUACAAACGAGUCGUUUUGUAACUGCUUCCUCGUCGUCCCAAAUCAAACUUUGCCAUGUCUCGUCGUCGUCCUCCUCACGCCCUCGCCACGCUCCUCUCCCGCCUCCGCGCCUGCAGCUCCGCCUCCCACGCGCUCCAGUGCCACGCCCUCCUCCUCACCUCCGGCCACCUCGCCGCCUCCCCGGCCCGCCUCUCCAACCUCCUCCUCCUCGCCCUCGCCUCCGCCUCCGCCUCCCCCUCCGCCGCCGACCACGCCGACUCCGUCUUCGCCCACCUCGCGGAGGAAGCCUCCCGCCACGCGUUCCCCUGGAACACCCUCGUCCGCCUCCACGCCGCCGCGAGCCCGCGGAGAUCCCUCCUCUACUUCUCGCGCAUGCGGCGAGCCGCCGUGGCGCCCGACGCCUACACGUUCCCGGCCGUGCUCAAGGCGUGCGGCUGCGCGCCCGGGUGUAGGGUGGGGUUGGUGGUGCACGGCGAGGCGGUGAGGACGGGGUUGGACGCCGACCUGUUCACGAGGAACGCGCUGAUUAGCUUCUACUGCAGGAUCGGGGACUGCCGUUCCGGGAGGAAGGUGUUCGAUCACGGCGUGCGGGACCUCGUCUCCUGGAACUCUAUGGUGGCGGGGUACGUUGGGUGUGGGGAGGUGGAUCUGGCGCAGGAUUUGUUCGACGAAAUGCGGCAGAGGGAUGCGUUCUCCUGGGCCACCAUGAUCGAUGGGUACGGAGAGAUGGCAGGUGGUGUAGAUCGUGCACGUGAGUUGUUUGAUCAAAUGCCUGACAGGGAUUUGGUGUGCUGGAACUCCAUGAUUGAUGGUUAUGCCAGGCAUGGGAGAAUGGAUGAAGCGAGGGUUCUGUUCGAGGAGAUGCCUGAGAGGAAUGUGAUCUCAUGGAGUAUUGUCAUCGAUGGCUAUGUCAGAUUCGGGGAGCCAAAUGAAGCUUUGGAGUUUUUCCAGAGGAUGCUAAGAUGUGGUAUCAAGCCUGAUAGAGUAGCUGCAGUUGGGGCUGUUGCAGCUUGUGCACAGCUGGGAGCUCUGGAGCAAGGCAGGUGGCUGCACUCAUACUUGGAGAAGAAGAAGGUGUUGUUCGAUGUUGUGGUGCAAACAGCUUUGAUAGAUAUGUACGUGAAAUGCGGUCGUUUGGAUCUUGCCAAAUUGAUCUUUGAAAGCAUGCCCAAGAAGAGUGUGGUCACUUGGAAUGUGAUGAUUGUUGGACUUGGAACUCAUGGUUAUGGACUUGAUGCCAUCAAGCUUUUUAACCAAAUGGAAACUGAAAGGGCACCAAUGGAUGAUCUUAGCAUACUUGCUGUGUUGACUUCUUGCACGCAUGCUGGGUUAGUCUCAGAGGGUUUGGGGAUAUUUUACAGAAUGGAGAAGGAUUUAGGACUAGAACCUAAGGUGGAACAUUAUGGUGCAUUGAUUGAUCUCCUUGGCCGUGCUGGACGAGUGGAUCAGGCUAGAAACACAAUAGAGACAAUGCCGAUGGAACCGACUCCUGAAUUAUGGGGAUCUCUUCUUGCUUCCUGCCGAAGCCAUAGGUGUGUGGAGCUGGCUGAGCUAUCAGUUGAGCGUCUGGCCAGUCUCGGAGCAGAUGACUCUGGAGUCUAUGUUCUUCUGUCCAAUAUCUAUGCUGAUGAAGGAAUGUGGGAUGAUGUUUUCAGGAUUAGGAAGUUGAUGAGUGCUGAGGGUAUGAAAAAGAACAUUGGACGGAGUGUGAUUGAGGUGGAUGGACAAAUUCAUGAGUUUGUGAAUGGAGGUAGUUCACAUCCCCACAAGGAGGAAAUUUACUUGACGCUGUGGAAUUUAUCUAACAUAGCAGCAUCUAUUUGAUCCUUUGUUGUGUACCAAAUGUGCCAAAUCCUUUGUUAUCGUGUCUGUUCAUUGAUUUGACAUUCUUGACAUGGGACGCUAUAAUUCUGGAGGGAGCUUUUGAAACAUCAUUAUAUCCCAGUUUGUUAAGCUUUUUUUCCCCCUGAAGCUGAACGAUGAGUGUUUGCCAUUGUGAGUUUCUUGAUAAGUCAAACUGAAAAGGAACAUGAAGUGUUGUUUUGGAGGUUUGGAACUUUGGCUUUUUUCGCCAAGGAACUUGGAGAUUGCGACAAGGUUGAAAAUCGUACCAGGCUGAACCACAAUUUCAAUCCUGACUAAGAAGCCUCUAAAGUCUGAACCUCUGCUGCGUUGAUCUUUUUACUUUGUUGGAAUUAAGGCUGAAGGUGUCGAAUAAUAUGCAUAUAAUACUAUGGUUGUUACUAUGGAAAGACGAAUGACAAAAGCCCAUGAGAGCUGAAGCAGCCCAGAAUGAAGAAGGUACUGAGAAAUUUCAAAUGCAAUAGAACAUUUACCACAUUUAUAUGCCUUGAAAGGCUAGCACAGUUGCAGACCACUAGUUCCAGAUGAUCCAGCUGAGAGCUCCAAGGCUAUUCUGGCAGACAACUCUAUCGAGAUGCAGGAGAACAGAAGAAAAGACAAGAUAUCAAUCUGAUGCAAAGGGGUACCUGAGAUGCUGCCAUGGUGCCCUUGAUUGCAACGAGCAUGACUGAAGAGCAGGAAACAGAAGAGGAAGAAGAGGGGCAAGGAGCUUGUGGUAGAUGUGGGGCAAGCAUUGGCCAUAACCCUUCUUCAAACAAAUGGAUAGAGAAUGGGAGGAUGGUGGUGUGCCUGGAUUAGAGAAGCAACACAAGGGGAGCAAAUGCUGGAGACUAUAUAAAUCGGAGGCUGGUGCAAUGGCUCUUGUGUGUGUGCCUGCCCACCCCUGUGGCUCUGCUCAUGCCAGGCAUAUGCAUAUCCCUGUGCCAUACCAUGCAGACAGUGUUGUAUAGCGAGAAGGGGAGCAGUGGGGACUGCGGAGACCACCAGAUGGCUCAUCUCCCUGGUAUGCACGCGCACACAGGAUAAAAUCACAGCAGAGAACUAGGGCAUGUAGAAAGAGGGGACAAUUAUUUGUAGCAAUCAUGGAACAUCCGAGCAGCGGAUACAGUCAGCGAAUCUAAGCAGCGGUGGAACUUAUUCAGUAAAAGAAGAUGCAGAAGCAUUCAGGCACGGCGUGUCAUCUGGUUAUAUAAAAGUUGUAUGCAGUGCACUAUUGGGGUGGCAGAGGAUGGGCGAGAAAGCAAUGAGACGGAGAUGCUUGGUUCUUGCAUUUCUGGCUUUCUGCGGCCGGUUACCUCUUGUUUGUUCAUCACUGGCACUUACCGCCUGUUACACGACGGCAUGGGCUGCACCUGGAUCUUGGGACAACAUUCAGAGAAUCAGACUAUCAGAGCCGUACUAUGAACAGUUUGGAUAUCUUGCAGAAAGCAAUUGAUGGAAGCUCUGAUCUGCGGUGCAUCAGUCUAUUUCUUUUUCUAAAGAUGUUGGUCGUGGUGGAUAUGGGCAAUGUUUAGCUCUUGUUGCUUUCAGUUCCGAAGCAGUCACCACUAGGAGAUGCUGGUGAUGGUCACCGAGUCACGAGACAGCAACUGGAUCUAAACUUGGUCAAACUAACAACAAUAUUGUUUUUUCAAGCGGACUGCAAGCUUCUGAUUUUCCAGGUCAGGGCAUGUUUGCACGCAAUGAAGCAUUCGGUGCGUAAAAAUUCUUACUGCCUGUGAGAAGUUACUGAAUUUUAUGGUCGAGUUCACGCGUUGAAGCCUUUUUUCCCUGAGCUGAUUCACGGUUGCUGGGAUGAGUCAGAGAUGAUUGGCUGUGGUUCCCCCAACUGGGGUUCUUCACGGCCCUGCAGGUACGUGUCCCUUCUAGCACCUAAGAAUAUGAUCUAGUACCGAAAGUUACACUAAUUAACACUACGCGUUAAUUACAGUUCAGUAUUAAAAAUAUUCGCCAAAUAUAUAGGAGGCUUUUUUUAGGAAGAAAGGAACACUAUAGGUAGACCCUCGAAGUAUUCUUUCUGUAACUAGAAUAGCGUGGUGUAACCUUACGGGAUGACGGAAUCAACCCGUAAGAAAAAGGCAUCCAAAUAUUUUUUUUCUAGGACUCAUAAAAUGUAUUUAAAGCUUGAGGAAAAAGUAUAUAAGCGGGAAAUAUAUUCCCUGAUA